AUGGAAGCACAAGUCCUCGGUGAUGGAGCCAAACCCUCCGCAGCCAUGGAAGUCCAAGAGGCAGAAAUGGCCGCUUCAGUUCCUCACAUACAAGUGCAUGAAGCAGCUGAGCAGGCAAAAUUUGAGAAGCUUCCUACCCCGGAAGAUGUGGCCGGCUCAAGGCACCUUGACAUGGCAACCUUUCUCAUCCAGAAAAGGGAACUCUCUCAUCCGUUGGUAUUUGGAACUCACUGGACAACGGCAGAUUAUUGCUUGCAGCAAUUUCUAGAGCCGGUCAAAGGGUUUGCCAAGAAACAAGGAUCGAAGAAGGCAGCUGCUUCAAACACCGUUGACCUUCCACCCAGCAACCUGAACAACAUACAUCACUAUGUGCGCAGUACGUGGCAACACGAGUAUGGACAAGCUUGGACAAAAGUCCGAAAGGUCUAUUUUCCAUAUAAUCUUCAAGGGUCCCACUGGGUUGCAAUCGAAAUUGACUUCAUCAAACAUACUACAACUGUGUAUGACUCCUACAUUGCUUUUACCUCCACUUCAAAGCUGGUUAAAUAUUUGCACCCUAUUAGCGAUACGUUGGCACGGGUGCUGUACGAGAUGCACUUUUAUGACGCUUUUGAGGUUGAAGGGGUUAAGCAAAAGGGGAUGAAGAUGUCGAUGUUUACGCCAUUCACAGUUUGCAGCAUUGGAGAUGUGCCACAACAACAGGAUGGAAGUCCUUUAUAUGAAGAUGCAGACAUAGAAGCUUAG